CGAGGUGCCAGUUUUCCAACUUUCCAGUUGGCCAUAUUCCUAAACUUACUAUUUGUGAAGUUAAAUAAAUAAAACUAAAUAGAAAUUGAGGGUGUUUUUAUUUUGCUAACAAAUGUGCAAAAGUGUUAUUAACUGAUGUUAAUCUGUAAAAAUGUUGUACAUAUAAUAAGCUUUACUUGUCGUUUCUGCAUCAAAGCCUUUUUUGCCAACAAUAAAAUAUGUAAUAUACAUUUUUGUGUAUAUAUACAUGUUCUAUUUUAUGUACACUAAUGUAUGUGUAACCUACAUAUUGUAACCAAUAAAUAGAACUUAAAAAAAUACCACAAAAAGAAUUAAAAUCUAAUCGAAUCAGAUUGUAAUUAAAGAUGGGGGACCGUGACAUCCCGACCGUACCUGUAACAACGUUAUCAGGUUUAACCAGCACUUCUGAUCUGCUGAGCGAGUUGCCAGUAUCGGAUUCGCUCCAGAGUGCAGCGUCCUUAAAUAAGUCUCUACUAUUCCAUGCGUUAGUGGCCAGUGAAUCCAACAAUUUACUUUCUGUGCGUGAUGAAAAUCUGGUGCGGCAAUUAGUAAAGGCAAUUGAAAGAACAAACUCUGACAAUAUCGAGCUAAGAUCACAUUACGCUAAUGAAGAACAAGGAGCUAACUCUAGUACUCAUCCAGAGCUACUCCAGGGCAUUUAUAAUUUUCGCCCAGCGGUUUUCGAAACAUCAAUUAGGACACUCUCUCCUGACAAACGUACUGUAAAUGUUCGACUCGAUGAAACAAAAAUUCAACUAGAUUCCUUCUUAACACCGAAAUGUUGUACAUCAACUACAAGAGAAGAAUUACUGCAAGACCAACAAUCGCAGACAUGUAGUGAUCAGUUUACCAGAAUUGCAUCAAGAGAAAUGUCAGAAGAAUUUUCACAAAUAAAUAUUAAGGAAACGACAAUAGAGAACAGAAAAAAAAAAGACAUUCAAAAUUCUGAUGAAAAUCCAUUUGAAAUAUCAAAAUCAAAUUCUCAAAUGAAAAUCCUUGAUAAAUCAGAAAAUAAUUCUAUGCAAACAUUACUACAAAACCAACAAGUACUCAAUUAUAAUUCAAAAUUCGAUUUUGAUCAAACAACAUCAGUAGAUCACCAAUCCGUUCAAAACAUUUGUGAUGUCUUUCCACAUGCUUUAGAGAAUCCCAAUUUUCAAAUAAAUUCUCUGAAUAAUCAAAAUGUAUUGUAUUUACCAAGUCAACCAAUGACUGAAACUCAAUCACAAAACUCUCCAAUACAAUAUAUUACAAAAAAAUCACCAAACCAAGUCAUAUACAUUUCGGAUUCGAACCCCCAAGAAUUGGAAGAAGGUACGAACUCACUUGUAAUUAAUAAAAGUAGCCUUCAACAUCAACAAAACCAUAUUGCAUCAACAACUACAUCGACUUCUACUUCAUCAAGUGGCAAGUCUCAGGUUCGGGUAUGUAUAAAUCGUCUUAAUAUUGAGGAUAGUCGCCUUAUGCAAAAAAGUAUUAAAAAGUUUGUACAAAAGUCACCAGAAUUGGCUAGAAGUAUGGGGUUACUACAAGAAUCGGAUUUAGUAACAGUGAGUGGUGCCACUACUACUUCUAAUAAAGACAACAUUCCAAUCGACACGUUUUCGACUAUAAAAGCCGAUGAAAAACGAUUUUCUGCAAAACGAAAACUGGCUAUAUCAAUUGGUGACAUUCCACCUGAGCAAAUAUUUUCUAAACCUAAAAUGCGUCGGGUCGAAAGAAUAAUUCCUAUAUCGAAUACAAAAUGUUAUAAGGAUGAAGUCACUCGUUCGCAAACAUAUCAACAAUUUAUGCGCAAUAUGGAUCAAAUAAUUGAAAUAUUAGACGAUAGUGAAUCUCCUAACUUUGAAUCAGAAGAUGUCGACGAAAAUAUUGAAUGCAUUUCACCAAAACUUCUGAAUACAAUGAGCACUGAUGUUGCCAAGUUAAAAGCUAAGCACGCCUUAGACUCGAUACCGAAAAAUAAGUUAACCCUUCUUAUUAACUACGCAAUGCGCAAUGUUUACCUAGCGAGGAAUUAUUUUGCUGGACCGGAGGACGAAGAGGAAAUUGUAGACGAUGAAGUCAUUGAGAAAAUCCUAAACGCAAUGGAUGCCUGCUUGCUGAUAUGCAACAUUUAUUCUACAGUAAGCGAUCUUAAGUUUUUACAAGAGGAUAAUAUAUCACACAUUAUAAAAUUUACACAAUUUCAACUACGUGAAACAAUAUUUCCUCUUCAUGAUCCGGUUUACACUGUAAAAAGUAUGAAGAAAACUAGUCAUCGUAAAAAAAUAAAGUCACACCAAGGUCACAGUAGAAGCCUGCAGCUAUUCUACUCAAAAACGGUCGAGCUGUUAAAGGUUUUUGUAACACUUUUUGAUAAAUGUGCCUUCGUUGAUACAAUAGUUUUACCAUUGUCGACGUUGGCUAUUGAACCAUUCUUUGUUGACAACAUAGAGACGUUACAAUUUGUAUGUUUGGAACUCGUAACCACAAUCUUUCGCAAGGAAAGGUACGAUAAAAUAAGGAACAGCAUUUUAGGAGACAUUUUGACGUCGAUUGAUCGCUUGCCUUCGUCAAAAAAAAAUCUACGCCCAUAUAAACUAACAAAUAAUGGAGGAAAUAUUCAAAUGGUUUCAGCACUAGUACUACAACUAAUUCAAUGCGCAACAAUUUUACCAGAUUCACUUUGUGAUAAUGGAAAAUUAAGUAAUAAGUUUCAAUUGAAUGUUGCCAUCGAGGAAGACGUUUCAAGCGGAGCUACAAAAACAACACAGCCUAAUCACGAUAUUCUUGUUUUACAAAAGUAUGAUGUCGCUGUCAGUAUUGGUGGAAAUUUUUUAACAACUUUUUUAAACAAAUGCAAAUCACGGUCUAAUGAAAUUGAUUUCCGACCACUUUUUGAAAAUUUUAUUCAUGAUUUACUGGCCACCGUCAACAAGCCAGAAUGGCCCGCAUCUGAAUUAUUGCUUUCGCUAUUAGGAACUAUGCUGGUUCGCUAUGUGUCUGACAAAGGUAUAGAACAGAGCAUUCGCUUAGUUUCAUUGGAUUACCUGGGCAUUGUAGCUGCUCGUUUGCGUAAGGAUACUGUUGAAUCCCGAUGUAAGGUUAACAUAAUUGAUUCAAUGAUAAAAUCGAUUAAAAUGGAACAAGAAAAGGAGGGUGAUUACACAGCAAACAAUGUUCAAUUUGAAUUACAUCCCGAGGAGCAGCGAAUCGAGUUUUUACAAAAAAUUCUUUUGGAUUUUCUAGCUGUAAAUGCUCAAGAAGAAAAUUUAAUUUGGGACUAUGCGCGACACUUUUAUUUGGUACAGUGGUAUCGGGAUGUAAUUUAUCAAAGACGUCGGAUAAGGGAUGGUGAAAAAGGAUUAGCUAUCAGGAAGUCUAAAUGUCGGACUAAACGUAAGACUGGUGGUGAAUAUUUGGAUACAUCAGAUUCUGGAUCGUGCGAAGAAAUAGACAUCGAAGACACACAGAAACAUGUAAAUCCCUCCAUUGACGACAUAGAUUUUGAGCUUAAUCUGGAAAUGUUUAACGCUUUGGAGGCAAGAAAGCUAUAUUUAAUCAACAAAAUAAAACCAUUUGCAGUUUCUGGCGAGCAAGCCCACACAUCAAAUCAGCACAUUAAAACAUACAUAGAUUAUAAUAAUGCACAGCUAAUAGCGCAGUAUCUAGCCACAAAACGACCUUUCAGUCAAUCAUUCGAUGGAUGCUUAAAGAAAAUUAUUUUAGUAGUUAAUGAACCGUCCAUUGCAGUAAGGACACGGGCAAUGAAAUGCCUUGCAAACAUUGUGGAAGUCGAUCCAUUGGUACUGAAACGAAAAGACAUGCAAAUGGGUGUGAAUCAGAAAUUCCUUGACACAGCUAUUUCAGUACGAGAAGCGGCGGUAGAUUUGGUUGGAAAAUUUGUGCUUAGUAAUCAAGAACUAAUCGAUCAGUAUUAUGACAUGCUGUCGACACGAAUAUUGGAUACUGGCGUCUCCGUACGAAAAAGGGUCAUAAAAAUUUUACGAGAUAUCUGUAUAGAGUAUCCAGAUUUUUCAAAAAUUCCCGAAAUUUGCGUUAAAAUGAUACGACGUGUUAAUGACGAAGAAGGCAUUCAAAAACUUGUUACUGAAGUUUUCAUGAAAAUGUGGUUUACACCAUGUAUAAAAAAUGACAAACUUGGCAUACAGCGGAAAAUCAAUCAAAUAAUUGACGUAGUAAACACUGCUCAUGAUACUGGAACCACUUGGCUAGAAGGACUUCUUAUGAGUAUUUUCAAACCAAAGGAUACUAUGUUAAAAUCCGAUGGAUGCCUACAAGAACCUAUAAGGAAGAAUACCGAGCCCCCACAGGAAAUUGUGAUAGCUUGUCAACAAUUAGCUGACGGUCUAGUUAACAGACUGAUUGAAUUAGAAGACACUGAUAAUGCGCGAAUGUUGGGCUGUAUUACUACACUUCAUUUGCUGGCUAAAGUACGGCCACAGCUGCUGGUUAGGCAUGCGAUGACAAUAGAGCCCUAUCUCAAUAUAAAAUGUCAUUCUGCCACAGCUGCAAAAUUCAUAUGUGCUGUGGCGGAUAUUCUUGAAAAAGUAGUUCCUCUGGUCAACAAUGCCAGUGAAUCUUUUUUGGCAUCGUUGGAAGAGCAUUUAAUGUUAUUAGUUGUUUCACGAAACCAAGCUGAAGUCACUAGUUGUGUUUCUUGCUUAGGCGCACUCGUGAAUAGGAUUACACAUAACUUCAAACUGAUCCGUGACUGUUUUCAAAAGUUUUAUCGAGUUCUGGAUGUUUCUCGAAAUCAAGUAAUACAAAGAAACUACAGUGUAGAUAAUAUUUACACUCCCAGCUUUCGAAGAAGUUUGUUCACAAUCGGAAUAUUAAUGCGUUACUUUGAUUUUAAGUCUCCCAUUGCGUUAGGAGAGACAAACGGUGGACUUCCGGUUUCGAUAUGUGACGAUGUAUUCGAUUGCUUGAUGUUUUUCUGUAGUUGUGCAAAUCAAGAAAUUCGAAAGCAAGCCCUCAUCUCGCUUGGAUCGUUCUGCGUUUUAAACGAUGACUAUCUUACCAGAUCCGAGCUUAAAAAUUUGUACUGUCAUAUUUUAAGCUCAAUCGCUAAUGACGCCGGUUUUAAAAUAAUAUGUAUGCGUAAUAUUUGGAUUUAUUUAACAGAAUCUGAACUUUUUAUGCAUAAUAAGGAAAAAGAAUGGGAAAAACAAUCAAAGCACGAAGAUCUUAAGGAAAUGAACGACGUUUCCUCUGGAAUGGCAAGUCGAAUAAUUCAACUUUAUUUGGAAGAAAUACUUGAAUGUUUUCUAAAUCGGGACGACACAGUACGUCUGUGGGCUGUUAAAGUAAUACAGAUUGUUCUUCGUCAAGGAUUGGUUCAUCCAGUUAGAAUGGUUCCCUAUUUAAUAUGCUUAAGCACUGAUCCUAAGGUGGAGUCCGCUCAUAGAGCUGAUGCCUUAUUAAAAGAUAUCGAUAAAACAUAUUCUGGAUUUGUGAAUAUGAAAGUUCAGUUUGGGUUACAACUUUGCUUCAAGUUACAAAAAGUUUUACAAAUAAACAACAGAGGAAAUCUUGAAAUAAUUAGAGGUUACGCCAAUCGCGGACCAGAUCAUGUCAUAACCGCUUUGAACGACUUUCUUUAUUCCCUACUCCGUACUACGAAGCCACAAAGGCGUGCCUUGGUGCAAACAGUUACAAAACAGUUUGAUGAUCAGAAAACAUCAUUACAACAAAUGUUGUACAUUGCCGAUAAUCUGGCUUACUUCCCUUACGUAGUUCAAGAUGAGCCCCUAUAUCUGAUACAUCAAAUAGAUCUACUAAUAUCACUGGCUGGAACACACUUACUUGCUACUUUCAAGGAACAUUUAAAACCUAGUGAGAAAGAGGGAGAUGUAUUAGAUGAUGAUGAUGACGUAGAAGAUCCACAAGUUUUGUUUAAUCGAUUGCCUGAAGAUAUGACAGAAAUAAAAAAAUGUAUAACAUCUGCCCAAGCGUGUAUGUUACUUUUAAUACUAAAAGAUCAUUUAAAGAACAUGUACGGGAUAACUGAUAGUAAAAUUUCAAGGUAUUCACCAUCCGAACAAAAAUUAUAUGAAAAAGCUGUAACACGUAGAAGCGUGACUGACUUUAAUCCGAAAACAACUAUUGAUUUUAUCAAAAAACAGAUGUCCCAAAACAUGUUAAGCACAGACAUCAAUUUUCUUUUUACGAACGAGGAAAAAUUGGACCUUGUUGUUAAGUACCUUGAUUUUAAGCAACUUAUGUUAAAACUGGAUCCAGAAGAUGCAGACUCAGAUGCAGAUGAAUUACGCGAAAAAGCAUUUUUAAACAAUUCCGAUGGUAUAGGAUAUGCUAAUUCAACAAAAAACUGCCACACCGGUCGUGAUGGAUGCACUUUUACCUCAUCUUUAACUAUUGACAACACGCAAACUGCAAAUAUGCCUACAAUUUCUAAUGAUAAUGUGCGUGAUGUAUCAAUAGCUCAUGUAGCUAAGACGUCCAUUUCACCUUCAAAGUCAACUGGCCGCAAGUCCAAUCAAGUGCGAAGUAAAAAAAAACGAAGAAAAAUUGAGUCUUCGGAUGAUGAAAACAGUGAUACAGAUAAUGCGUAAACAAUAUAUAAUUAUUUUUGUCAUUUAAGUAUAUUUUGUAUAAUUAAAAAUAAUUUCUUUUGGGAUAUAUAAUUAAUACAAUUACAAUUACAAAUGUUAAUAAAUAUUAUAUAAUAUACAUACAGUACAGAUAAUUUUACUAAAAUCAAUUAUUUGUGGUAUAGUUACUAUGGUAUAGUGUAAACUAUAACUAUAAAGAUUUAAAUUAAAUUGGGUUUGUCUGUAAUUUCUUAUUAUAUUGUAGAAGCAUAGACAUUUGUUUAAUUUGUUUAAGCUCAGAAUGAAUGAAUAAUAAAUUUGUAUUUAAUACAUCAACUAAGUAAAAAAAAUCAUCGAUUUAGAAUAUGUAGGUAUAAGCAAUAAUUUGUGUUGAUAGGCAUUAAAUUACAAAAUAAAUGAGCAUAUGUAUACGUAUAAUUAGUUAACAUAUUAUAAUAAAUGUAAACUAUGUAUUUAUAAAUUUGAAACGACUAA